AUGGACCGCCAUACGCCAGCAUCGCCGACCCCGGUGAAGCCCGAACCGGCAUUCCCAUCAGGGUUCAAUGAGUUGCUUCAACACAAUGCCACCACACCGUACGCCCACGAUGUCUUGUCUCCCGACCCGAUGCACGCGCACUCGCAACCAGUGUCGAGGUAUGGGACCCCAGGGCCACAGGCGCACCAAUUACAGGGCAUAGACUCUUCGAUCGCGUAUCCACAGCUCAGUGGCGUUGGUGAUAUGAUGUACCACCCGCCGGUGGGCGCAUACCCGCCGAAUGACUGCGCCUACGGGCCCAUACCAGAGCCGUAUGGCACACCCGCAACCUCCCCACCCACACCUUCGCGAGGACCGAAGACCGUGACGAGUCGGGCGGCCGCCCGGGCGGACCUGAGCGCGAGGGUCCUGGGCCCCCGCAGCACGCGGGUUGAGAAGUCGGUCCCGAAAAGGAAGAAAGAACGGGCCAAGCCGCCCAAGAACAUGCCGGUGCUGGACAAGCCGAUGAGUGAGCUGACAAAGGCUUCGUCGAUACCGGUUGCCGACAUCGAGACGUACGUUCAUCGUUCAGCCGACGCCCGGCGGCAAGAGAUUGAGACGGGCAAAACUCCCGGCAGGGUGAAGCGGCCGAUGAAUGCAUUCAUGUUGUACCGCAAGGCGUAUCAGCAGCGGGCCAAGGAGUGGGCGUCUCAGCAUAACCAUCAGAUCGUCUCUCGGGUGUGCGGUCUCAGCUGGCCGUUGGAGCCUGAGCACAUUCGGCAACAAUUCAAGACCUGGGCCGACAUUGAGCGUGACAACCACCAAAAGGCCCACCCCAACUACAAGUUCACCCCGGCCAAGCCGCAAAAGGCAGCGCCCCGGUUCGAAGGUUCAUUCGACGACCGCAGUGAGGGUUCCGACUUGGACGAUUAUGACUGGGCCGGUCGAGGAGCCUCACAGGGGCGGUCGGCAACUAGGACACCUGGGGCGGACAGCGAUUAUAUCCCAAGCCGUGCCGUGCAAGCGGCAAUCGCCCACAACCAGCUCGCGGGGUUGAACAUGAUGGGCAUGGGCCACCCAACGCGGUCGUCCACCAUGCACGACUUCGGCCAGGGAAAACCGAUGCCCGCUGGGUAUCCCCAUCACGACGUUCAUGGGCAUUAUCCCGACCUGCACAUGGGCAACCCGCAACAAAGGCACAUGGAAGCCCUGAUGCACAGGUCACCGUCCCCUAGUCUGGCGUUCCAACACUCCAAUUUCGGCUUGCACGCACAUUCACCGUACGACUUCAGCCAAUACCACCAAGUGAUGGAGCAGCCGUCGGUGCAGAUGCUGGCGCAGCAACAUGUCCAGAGCCAGCAGCACGCCGCCCAGCAGUUUGAGCAGCGGAUAGACCCCUCCCUAAUGCCGCAAGACGACGUCUUGUUCAACCCCAGCGACUUUAAUGGCCUCUCGGGAAUACUUGACGGUGGAAUUGACGGUGAACUUGAUGGUGCGCUUGACGGUGCGGCGCAGGAAGCUUGGUCAGGCACUCAGCUACCGGCCGGUACCGAGCCCGAGAGCCAAUUUUCCAAUGCCAUCUUGGGCCUUGACGACCCCCCCCUUUCUGCGGAGCAACAGGCUCAGUACUUUGGCGGCAACUGGCAGGUCGAGCAAAUCCCGGAGAAUGCCCACUUUGACAUCAACUGGGUAGAGCCAAAGGCUGAAUAA